AUGGGCCAAGCCCCUACGCGUAAAGCACUGGGGCCCUCGACCCAGUCAACUCCCACGCUCUUCCCAUUGUCGUCCGAGGAGUACUAUCUGCCUGAAGGUGCUAUGCUCGAUGUGGUGCUGGAGAUCGUGUCUGCUAGUAACAUUAUGGCAGGCGACUAUCUCGGACUCACGGCUUUAAUGCAAGGCCAAUUAUGCUCAAGCGACGCGUACGCUGUCAUUGAAGUGAAUGGUCACAAAGUGGCUUGGACCCAUCCGGACUUUUCGACACUGGACCCAGUUUGGCACGAAAAGUUUUUUUUUCGGAAUGUCCUGCCAGGCUCGCGAUGCAAACUGUACCUACUGGACAAAGACGUGAAUGCGGACGAUGAACUGGGUGAGACGCAGUUUGUUAUCGUCGACACGGACAACAACGAAUCGACAUCUGAGCUGGCCAUCACGUUCAAUGGGAAAAAGGCCGGCACGAUUGUUGUCAAGGUCCGGUCACAUCCGGUGUACCGUGAACCUGGUGCCGUGCUUCACGAGUACGGCCCUGUGCGCUAUUCCGUGCACUCCAGUGUGACAGCUGGGCUUAUGACCAUGUCCAUGUCCAACAACUCCAAAGUGGAAUCGCUGGCGUACCACAUCCAGCUACACAAUGUCCCGCUCUUUCUGCCAACGGAACACGAGUGGAACAAGGACUACCCGACGAUUCAGCGCAUUUUUUCGCCAGAGUAUCCAGAGUCGCUGGUGCUGCGUCAAGCGAUUAUAACGCAGCACGCGUUGAUCUAUACCCACGGCAUUAGCAACACACAAUACGGUGCGAUUUCGUCACCAGUCGAGUUCUUCAAGCUCAUUCACGACGGAACGCGUCUUGACAAGCCAGUCCUGUUCACGUAUGUCAUUACGAAGAACGGCUGGUAUUUCUCCGAGACAGGUGCAGCUUUUUUCAAGGACAUGCUGUCAAAGCACAUGCUGCACUCGUGCGCUGCAUUAUCUGUGUUGUACGCUGGGGAGUUUCGUGUCGACAACCGUCUGUUUGGUGCACCAAAGCUCAUUAUUGACAACGACAGUGGUACUUAUGCCCCGCCUAAGGCAGUUCUGCCGCGCGUUAAGGCGCUGCUUGAGAACAAUUUUCCUGGAAUAGCAGUUGAGGCGUUGGAUCGCGAAGACGAAGGUGUGCAGCAAACACGCAAGGAGAUUCUGGACUUAUGGACAUGA